AUGGGUUCUGAAGCAUGGGAGCUAGAGCGAAGGUACUCAGUGCCAGGGGCACUAGACACCAGGGGUUUAGAACCACCAGCCAGUGAAGACUUACAUGCCUGGUCUAUCUACAGGCAAAAUUUGAACUCUGACUUCACUGAUUCAGCACUUGGCUCAGCAGAGAAGUCUCCGCUUCCCUAUGGAAACUUUCAAUUAAGGGAUUCUACAGUGCAAAGCAUACUGAGACAUCCGAGAUAUGGGCCGAAAAGUCCAUUGGCCAGCAACUCCUACACCUAUUUGAAGUUUGGCCUACCAAGGGUGCUUCCGCCAAGUUCCAGGAACAGGGAUGGUUCCAGUGGUUAUGAUUCCAGUGAAGAGGGUCGCAGGGUGUCUCAUGCUGGCACCUCGGCUCAUGGUACCUCCGCCAUGAGGUCUGCCAGAAGUGACCCUGACUUCAGGCAUGUCCAUGCCGUCCCCAGGGAACAUGCACAUUCUCAAUUAACAGUUUCCAGAGAGAAUCCAAGGUUGAGGAGCGCCAGUGAGGCGAAUCUUCUUCAGGGAGGUAUCAGAACAAACAGAAGGCACAGUAUUGCUCCCAUUGACCCUGGAUAUGGGGUUCACGAACCCAGAGGACAUGGAAUUUUGGGUCCAGAAAAUUACACACUUCCCCUGAGACCAGUUCCUUGCCUCCAGCAUCCACAUUUACAGCUGCGAGGAGUCGAGGCUUCAGGUUCAAACGGUUUGCCCCUUUUACGAGGGGUUACUUUGGAGGCUGGAGCAACAGAGGUGCUGGCCAUCAUGGCUACUACGGAGAGAGAGGGGAAGCAGAUUGUGGAGACCAUCGCUGGGCGGAAGCGUAUUAAAAGGGGAGACAUUUUGCUCAACGGCAGAUCCGUAUCUUUUAGAUCCUUAAGAUCUAGGGUUGCUUAUCUGCCCACGGAGAGCAAUCUUAGUCCUGGCUUGACCGCGCAGCAGACUCUCAGCUUCUACAUGCUCCUACGGGGAGGUUCCAACACCUCGAAACUGGAAGCUGAAGCAAUUCUUCAAGAACUUGGUCUAGAAGCGACGAAGCAUUGUCUAGUGAACUCGCUGACCACUUCUGAGGCAAGAAGGCUGGCUCUGGCUUGUCGCUUACUUCAAGAUUCCCAUAUCCUCGCAUUGGACAGGCCAACUCAUGGGUUGGACAUCUUCGAUGCUUUCUUCUUGGUGGAGUACUUGAGGCAAUGGGCUAGCAGAGGCCAGAGACUGGUUGUAUUGACCCUGCAUCCACCAACGUAUGAAAUACUGACUAUGGUAUCAAAGGUGGCACUCACAUCUGGUGGAAGGAUCAUGUACUCGGGCCCCAGAAGGGAUAUGUUGCCAUACUUCGCUCUUGCUGAGUUCCCCUGUCCACCGUUUAAGAAUCCUUCCGACUACUAUCUUGAUUUAGUGACGCUGGAUGACCUCUCGGCAGAAGCUAUGCUUGAAUCUUCGCAGAGGAUAGACCAUUUGGCUGAGCUAGCAAGGACUAGGUUGCCAGCUCUAUGUGAUCCUGGACCACCCGGAGCACUUCCUCCUUCCAUUUCCAAUCCCAAUAUAUUCACCCAGAUUUACGCAUUGCUCUUGAGAACUCUGAUAUACAGUCAGCCAUGGACGUUAACCAGAUUGCUCAGGAAAAUCGUCAUUUCUGCCACACUGAGUAUUCUACUAGGUGCAAUAUUCUGGGACGUUGCCGGAGACUCGAAUCUCCAUCUUCGAGACAGGGUGGGCUUUCAUUAUGCCAGCCUGGGAAUUUUCUUCUGGCCGCUAACCUUAAUGGCCAUCUGUGAAGUAGCAGACUGCAGGCCGAACGUAGAAAGAGAGAUCAAGGAUGGCUUGUAUGGAAGAUUCGUGUAUAUUUUAAUAGAGCUCCUCUGCGGAGUUUUCUCUUGGUGCAUUAUCUAUUUGAUAUAUCUUGCGCCAGGAUACGCCAUGUCUGGGUUACAUUUGGUGCCGGACGAGAAUCUAACUUCUUUAUGGAAUUAUCUUGCGAUCGGUUCCCUGUAUCUAAUACUACAGCACCUGAUCUGCAUAUUGUUUGCUCAUACUUGCAAGUGGACAUACUUGGCGUCUCUAUUCGCUGGAAUUGUAAUCGGUGAGAUGACCUUGGCUGGAGGAGUAUCUUUGCAUUUGGAGAAUCUGCCAGGCUGGUACCAGAAAAUUAGCCCUAUGCAGUGGUCUCUGUCUCUGUUGCUGCCUCCGCUUCAUCAGACAGAAGUUAUGAAUAAAUUGACCAACUGCAAGCCGAAACAGAUUCAGAGACAAGAUAUUAUUGUUCAAGCUGCCUGCGAACCACCUGAUGGUGCUCUGGCAUUAUACGAAAUAGCAUUGGACAAGUUCAACGUGAGGGGAGAGCUGUGGCUGGGAAUUGGAAUAGCCAUUGUCAGUGUGCUGAUCAUGUUAGUGUUCCUGUGCAUUAGAUAUACUACGCUCAAAAGACUAAGAAGUGCACCGAACAAGCCAUAA